AUGUCGACUACAGCUACAGUAGCACCCAAGAGGAAGUUGAGGCCCGCUCGAAAGCAAGUCGCCGAGGGAGAAGUAGACAAGAGCGAGGCUAUUCAACCGGGAAAAGAGUACAAUAUAUGGUAUAAUAAGUGGGCAGGAGGGGAUAAGGAAGAUGCUUUGGCGAAUAAAACGUUAUCUCAGACACGAUGUAUAAUAGCUAGAGACGCUGGAUAUACUAGAGCGGAUGCUACGGGCAACAAGUAUUGUUGUUUGUUCUUCGCCAGAGGAUGCUGUCCAUAUGGACACGAGUGUAAUUACCUUCAUAGAUUACCUUUACCCAAUCAUCAACUGCCAGACAACUCUCGAGACUGUUUUGGAAGAGAGAAACAUGGUGAUUACAGGGAUGAUAUGGGUGGUGUGGGAUCUUUCAAUCGAGUGAAUAGGACAUUAUAUGUAGGGAAAAUACACGAAAGUCCAGAUAAGAAGCAAACUGAGGAGACGCUCUUGAGGCAUUUCGGAGAAUGGGGGAAGAUAUUAAGAUGGAAUAUACUAUAUAAUCGAGGUGUGGCGUUCGUGAUGUACGAUUCAGAGCUGAACGCUCAAUUCGCAAAAGAGGCCAUGGCAAAUCAGAGUAUGGAUGGUGAUGAGAUAUUGAACGUUAGAUGGGCAACUGAGGAUCCUAAUCCAGGAGAGAAGAAGGCCGAAGCCAGACGUAUUGAAGAUAUGGGACAGAAAGCCAUUGCAGGAAUGUUGGAUGAAGAUUUGGUGGAAGCUGCACAAACAGUCAGAGCAUUGGAAGAAGGGGACGAACAGGACUUUUAUCAUAUCGAACAAUCGAAGGAUAACGAAGAAGAUGAAGAAGAAGUACCUGAACAGCCUAACGACGAAGAUGAGAAAGAGCCAGGAAGACCAAUAAAGAAAGUUAAAAAUACCAAUGGAGGAUUCUUCGAUGCGGACGCAUUGGAUAAUCUAAAGUUCUAUGCUGAAUUAGCUAAGAAGCAGGCGCUGGAGGACCAAGAAAGAGUGAAAGAGAGGAAAGUGCCAGCGAAACCCGCCGGGAUGGCUUCGCUUUUAGGUGGAUAUGGAAGUGGAGACGACAGUGAUUAG